UCAGGGCUGCGUGUUGACCACAGCGAGAAGACUCUAAGUGAUAAUGGAAAUAUCAAUAGUCAGUGUGGGAGCUGCGUUCCUAGUUGUACUGCUGAUCAUGGUGCUGAAUUGGAUUUCUGGUCAGAAACACAAAGAUGUUCAGGAAAAUCACAAGGGAAGUAAGUCAAGAGAUGAUUCUAGAUUUCUGGACCAGUUUCUUCCCUGCUCCUCAUCUCUUUCCCUCCCAGGCCCUACCAGCUACUUUCUAAUUGGUAAUAUGAUGGAGCUGAAAAACGAUCAUCUACCAAUUCACCUCACCAAUUUGGCACAGCGCUAUGGAAGCAUUUAUCGCCUUAAAUGCGGAACAACAACUAUGGUAGUGCUGAACACCAGCGAAGUCAUAAGAGAAGCACUGGUGAAGAAAUGGUCUGACUUUGCUGGGAGACCGAUCUCAUACACAGGUAAUAUUGUGUCUGGGGGAGGUUGCAACAUAUCUUUAGGUGACUAUACUGAAAAGUGGAGGGCACAACGUCGCCUUGUCCAUAGUUCUCUGCAGCGUUGCUGCAAAAAGUCUUUGCAUGAUGUCAUUGAGAGGCAGGCGCUGCAUCUGUUAAAGGUUUUGAUGGGCUAUAAAGGCCGUGCUGUAGAUCUGUCAGAGGAUUUUACUGUGGCGGCCAGUAAUGUCAUCACCACUCUGGCUUUCGGAAUAGAAUAUGAUAAGAGCUCAUCGGAGCUGCAGGAGUUGCACAGCUGUCUCAAUGAGAUUGUUGCUCUGUGGGGCUCCUCUUGGAUAUCAGCCCUGGACUCUUUCCCACUGCUUAGAAAAUUACCCAAUCCUGUUUUUGCCCGUCUUCUGAAAGAGGUGGUCAGGAGAGACGAAAUCAUAAGAAGACUUCUCAACAAUUACAAGUCACAGGACGAAAAAAAUCAGGAUGUCAUCACAGGAUCCCUCCUCCAGGGACUUGACAAUCAGAACACAGGAGACAAAGCGCUACUAACAGAUAUUCAUGUUCACAUGGCAACAGUGGACCUUCUUAUCGGGGGAACAGAGACUGCUGCGGCCUGGCUAGACUGGAUGGUGGCCUUCCUCCUGCACAGACCAGAGGUGCAGGAGAGGGUAUAUGAGGAGCUGUGCACAGUAUUGGAGGGCCGAUAUCCUAAAUACAGCGACAGACACAGACUUCCUGUCCUCUGCUCUCUGAUCAGCGAGGUGCUCAGACUCAGGCCAGUUGCCCCUUUGGCAGUACCACACAGAGCCAUCAGAGACAGCAGCAUUGCAGGUUAUUUCAUCCCUAAGAACACAGUCAUCAUUCCUAAUCUUUUUGGAGCACAUCAUGAUCCUGAAGUUUGGCCUGACCCAUACAGCUUCAAACCAGAGCGCUUUCUGAAAGAAGGAGGAGGAAGCGGAGGCGGCUCCACCCGUGACCUGAUCCCUUUUGGAGGGGGGGCUCGGCUCUGCCUGGGAGAGGCUGUGGCCAAAAUGGAGCUUUUUCUGUUCAGUGCCUACUUGCUGAGAGAUUUUCAGCUCCUCCUGCCUGAGAGCGAGACCUCACUGCCUGAUCUGAGAGGAGUUGCCAGUGUUGUGCUUAAAAUCAAGUCCUAUAAAGUUGUAGCACGUCCAAGACCUGUGACUAAUCCCUGAGCUGCAGUGGGUGUAUUGCUGACUUGUUGUUUGCGUUGGUCAUGUGUGUACAAAUUUAUGUUUCACAUAUUUAUAUUUUCUCUUCUUAUUCUUAUUCAUUCCCACACUUUAUUAUCAAAGUUAUUUGUUCCACCAGCACUGAAUAAAAUGUCCAAACCAAA